AUGGCCUGGCAUCAUAGCUUGUAUGUAACCCACCCAGCCCUGGUAGAGGAUACCACACUACUGUUUCCGCGUAUUUGGGGUAGGGAUAGCACAGCGAAGAAGCAGCAAGCAAGGCUACAGCCUCACCUAUUGAAGUGCCCAUGCAGGAGUGGUGUGGACUUGGACUGGCCACCCCGAGAUGGUGUAAACAAACGCGCGUCACCGAGCUCGGAUACGGCGGUAGGUAGACAUUUUUUUGGAACGCCCUAAACGAAUUAUGGAACUAACACCAACGAGAGAAUUUAUACAAAUGUUGAAUGGAACAUUUGUUAUUUCAUAAUUUCUUUAGAGAAACUAGGCUACUGCGUAUCUUGCGCAAGAAUCAAAUUAUAUUUUUCAACCCUCGUUGUUUCAUCUCCUAUCAAGUGUGACAGAACAAGUCAAAGACAUCAUUUAAUCCUGCUCCACGCUCUUUAUCCGAGCUAACAUGUAUUGCGAACACGGGAGGGGAUUGAUUCCAUGCACAGCGCGGAUGACUGCAUUUAAUAACAUAGCCUUUAACAAUCAAUUCGACAUACAUUAUAGGCCCACUAAAGAUCUACAUGCAUUAUUCUAUUCAUAUCGGAGGCUUAUCGAAGGAGAUUUGUCGUUUGCUUUGAGAGGGGGUUGGGACUUUAUCUUAAAAGUCCCUGAAAUCUUAUCUCCGUUUGAAAUGGAGACAUUUCGGGACAGACUUGAUUUGGACAGAACCUAAAAUCAAAAUAAAAGGAAAUCAUGCAAAGCAGCACACGGGAUAUGGUAAAUGUGUUUGUUUGUUGUGUGUGUGUGUGUGUGUGUGUGUGUGUGUGUGUGUGUGUGUGUGUGUGUGUGUGUGUGUGUGUGUCUGGGUGGCGAAAGAGAAUUCUACUUUUCAAUUCACAUUAAUCCUUGCCUUACCUUUCGUUGUGGCUGGCAACGCGACAUUAUUGGUCCGCAGCUCAAAUUGACCAUAAAUAUCACAGUAGCCACUAGCCAGUAAGGACAAACUAUUCAACAAUGACAGAAACUUUUCUUCUAAAACAUAUUACAAUAUUGAAUAAUGCAACAAUUCACAAGCAAUCAAUUAUAGGUUUUAUUUUCUAGUCUGUAGGCUACACGCAUUACAUAUUAGCUUCAAGACAAAAUACAGAGUUGCUAUAACAGCAUGUCCUCAUCAAGUAAAGGUAGCCUAUAAAAAAUGAGAGAUGAACCCUCUCAUAAAAUAUAAAAGUAGGCUACAGUAGACCUACCUUACAACAUUACAACAAACCAGGCUUAAUUUUUAUCAAUGUCAUGCAAAUCAUUACAUGUGGUAAUUGCGACUGAAAACGUGGGUAGGCUAUUACACCGAGAUUAGCUGUUUUAUAUGGAAACUCAUAUUCGCCACCCAAAAAAUAAAAUGCCUCAACUAGGGUCCGGAGUUGGUUAGGUUAGCCUACUACCAGAUCAGGAACAGCUAAUAUCACCGUAGCCACUAGCCAGUAAGGACAAACUAUUCAACAAUGACAUAUCCUAUUGAUCUAUUUACAUUUGACAUGUUUUUGGUGGUGGGGUGGGCUUCCAUAGUUUUACGUGGCUCAGUGCAGCCAGCAGCUUCUACGACAAUUUUAGAAUGUAACAGGAUGUUAAUGCAAUUUUCAGGAAAAAUGUAGUAGACUACGUGUGAAGUCCCUAUAGAGUUAUAUGUAGGUUAAUUGACAGGUAUUGGUUUGUGUUAAUUACAUUGUACUAAUAUUAUUAGAAAAAUGUAUCCACGCACUCACAUGCACUGCUGGGCUCAUUAGCCUACAAGAAGCAUUAGGGUUUAAUGAACAUGAUCACAAUAUUUGGAACGCUAAAAAUAAUUUACGAAGUAUUUUCUAAUAGCCUAUCAAUGUUGAAUGAUUUAUCUAAAAUAUCUUGAUAGAUUAAUUAAUUAAUUUGGCGUGAUUUGUUGUGGAAUUGGAGCCUGUUGUGCCAAAAUGAAUCGAAUAUAUCAGUUCAAAUCCAUGGGUUAGCUGAAACGUAUUGUUUCGAAAUAGAAUAUAUUUUAGUCUAUCAAUUCAUUGAGGAGCAUCGUGAUUGUCCAUUUAUUUCGAUCAAUAGAACAUCUGUAUUCUUAUAGGAUGUAAUUAACCUGGUAAUGUGUAUUAGGCCUAACUAUCAGCAGAGUUGUCCCCAGCUAUAGACUGAAGGCUUGACAGUUGUAGUGUGGUAGCCCGCUAAUUUUGAAGGGGGGAAGGAAAGAAAAUAAAACAAAUACUAUUUUACAUUAAAUCUGUAAUGUCAAGUUGGCUUAACCAUUUAGGCCCAUCACCCAUGCGUAGAAUCGGUUCUUAUUCGAUGCAAAUAACAAUAAAGUAAAUUAUGAUUAUUAUCUGAAAUUAGUUUUCAUUUAUGGGUAGGGUAUAUUCUAAAAUUAGUCCAGAAUUUAUUCUGCCUGUGUUAGAAUGUGGCCAGAAAUAGUGUAUGUGUGGUAAUGGGCUGAACGGGUCUACUCGCCCCACAAUGUGCCCCAUGGGACCUCAUGAUAGAGCCAGCACCGAAAAACCUGCUGUGAGAUGGCACGCUUAGUUGGGUCGCGUCUGUCGCCCCUCUGCAUUCAACUAGAUUAGGCAUAUUAUUUGUAUCAAUUUUUGUUGCAUCUCGUCUGUCAAUCAAAAUCAAUAUUUCCAGAAACAAUAAUCUAUAUUCGGAUAAGACAGCCUAUCACCAAGACCAUGCACUGUCUGAAACAGCUUUUCUAGGCCUCCAGUUUUCAUCUGUCUUGUGACGUGUUUUCCAGUGCCACCAUGUUGACAAGGCUAUUCAGCGAGGUUCUGCCGGAUGUCCAGAAGCUCUCGGGUUGGGUGGAGGUCAGCGAGGGCGAGGAUUCCAAAACCAAUGAGGAAGACCUGGGUCACCUGGAAGACGACGACUUGGAUGAUGGCGAUGCCAGAGUGGGAAGCAGCCGGGAUCAGUCCGAGAUGGCUGGGGAUGACGACGACGACGUUGACGUCGACGAUGAGGAGUGUGGGGAUGAGAACGAGGAGGGAGACACACUCAAAAAGCGCGGGCCAAAGAAACCCAAGAUGACGCAAGCACGGAUUGAGCGCUCCAAGGUGCGGCGUCAAAAAGCCAACGCGAGAGAGAGAACGCGUAUGCACGAUUUGAACUCUGCGCUGGACAAUUUGCGCAAAGUGGUCCCCUGUUAUUCCAAAACGCAAAAACUCUCCAAGAUAGAGACGCUGAGACUGGCCAAGAAUUACAUUUGGGCGCUCGGGGAGAUCUUGCGCAAUGGGAAAAGGCCAGAUGUACUAUCCUACGUGCAGACACUGUGCAAGGGCCUGUCCCAGCCCACCACAAAUCUAGUAGCUGGUUGUCUGCAGCUCAACUCUCGGAACUUCUUGACAGAGCAGUGUCCUGACGGGGCCCGGUUUCAUGUCCCCAACUCCUCUUUCUCCGUGCACCCUUACUCGUACCAGUGUCCCCGUCUUUCUAGCCCUCAGUGCCAACCCGGCUCCAGUGGGCAUAUGAGGACCCAUAACUACGGCUACGGCGACGCGGUCUACCCAGGGGCCAUCUCCCCGGAGUACAAUAGCCCAGACUAUGACGGCCAUCACAGCUCGCCUGUGUGCGUCAGCGGCAACUUUUCCGUGAGGCAACAGGAGUGUGGGUCGCCGGACACAGACAGGAACUAUCACUAUGCUAUGCACUACUCCGGACUGUCUGCCUCGCGCGCACCUGCUGUCCACGGCCUAGCGUUCGGCCCAUCGGGAGCGCGCAGCGGUUCCGCGCACUCUGAAAACGUGCCGCCGCCAUUUCAUGACGUGCACUUAUUACACCAUGACAGGACGCCCGUGUACGAUGAACUGAACUUCCCUUUCCACAACUGA